UGGGCGGGGCCUCGGCGGGUCCAGGCUGGGCGGCUAGGGGCUAGAAGAGGCCGAGCUCCCCGGCUCAAUCUGCGGGGCGUCUCUGGAGCUUCACCAUCUUCCUGGACCGGGACGCGGCGGCCGGGGAGAGGAGGGUGCAGGGAACGCGGCGAUGGCUCCGUGGGGACUCCCGGGGUCCGCUGUGCUCUCUGCUGCGGUGUUCGUGGGAGGCGCCGUGAGUUCGCCGCUGGUGGCCCCCGACAACACUGGCAAUCACGCGUUACACUCCCGAGCAGAAACGACUCCGUCGUCACCCACCAACAAUGCUGGGAAUGGACACCCGGAAUAUAUUGCGUAUGUGCUUGUCCCUGUGUUCUUCAUCAUGGGUCUCCUUGGUGUCCUCAUCUGCCACUUGCUGAAGAAGAAAGGCUAUCGGUGUACGACAGAGGCGGAACAGGAAGUUGAAGAGGAAAAAGUAGAGAAGAUAGAGUUGAAUGACAGUGUAAAUGAAAACAGUGACACCGUUGGGCAGAUUGUCCACUACAUCAUGAAGAAUGAAGCGAAUGCAGAUAUUUUGAAAGCCAUGGUAGCUGACAACAGCGUGGCCGAUGUUGAAAGCCCUGUGACCCCUAGCACCCCGGGGAGCCCACCUGUGAGUCCUGGGCCCUUGUCACCAGGGGGCACCCCAGGGAAGCAUGUCUGCGGCCACCAUCUGCACACAGUGGGAGGUGUCGUGGAGCGGGACGUGUGCCAGCGCUGUAGGCACAAGCGAUGGCACUUCAUAAGACCCACCAACAAGUCCAAAGAGGGCCGGCCACGGCGUCAAGGGGAGGUCACGGUCCUCUCUGUUGGCAGGUUUAGGGUCACCAAAGUGGAGCACAAGUCAAACCAGAAGGAGCGGAGAAGUCUGAUGUCCGUCGGAGGGACCGAGAGUGUCAACGGCGACGUGCCCGUGACGCCCGUGAAGAGGGAACGGAGUGACACGGAGUAG